GAGCAAAAAUAAUAGAAAUUAUGUCAAAACCAGGGAUAAUCAAGUCACAUUUGCCAUUUCAUCUCAUACCUUGGUCGAAAGAUGCCAAAUACAUCUACGUCGCCAGGAAUCCCAAAGAUUGUUGCGUGUCAUAUUUCCUUUACUCCAAGCAUAUGCCAGGAAAUAACUGCGAAGAGACUUUUGACCAGUUUUUUGAACAUUUCAUGACAGGAUUACCGGAGACCGUCUAUUUCGGAGAUUAUUUUGACCACGUGCUGUCCUGGUACUCUCAGAGAAACAAUCCAAAUGUUUUAUUUGUAACUUAUGAGGAAUUAAAAGAAGACAUUGAUGCUGCCAUCUUGAAAAUGGCGUCUUUUAUUGAUGAUGAGAAAUAUGCCCAACCUAUAAGAGAGAACCCAGAAAUCUUGGAGAACAUCAAACAAUACAGUAGUGUAAAAGCAGCCAAAGAAUUUGUGACGAAACAAUCAGAGGUAAAAGCAAAAAUGAAUGUAGAAGAAUUGGCAAACUCAUCCGGGCAUAAUACCAUAAAAGAACAUUUAGUGGUUGAGAAUGAUUCUCUUAAACCUGCGGUUAGUGAUAAAAGAAGUGGACCUAACGUAAAUUCGUCAGAAAGGUUUAAGCUUAUGCGCGAGCUUGUAAGAAAAGGUGUCAUUGGUGAUUGGAAAAACUAUUUUUCAGAAGAUCAAAGUCGACGAAUCGAUGAAAAAUUUGAAAAGAUGGCUAAAGGCACUGACUUAUCUCAUUUCUUUACGAAAUACAUGUGAAAAAUGCAAUAUCAAUAUUUUAUUUAUGAAGGAGCAGUUUAAUAUGUAAUAUGAGAUUAUUAAAAGUUUAAUCACUCUUUA